UACCCGGUACCCCCCGCAUCGCACAGCGCAACAUGUAAACAAACCAAGAUGGCAGCGCGGUGUGGAAAGGAAUAUUUGUUUCUUGUCGUAAAAGUGGCGGUGUUUUUGCCACUUUCACUUGCUCAGGUAACAACAGAUUCGGCGUUUAAUGCGAGCACGCAGAUAUUAACUGACUCCCCUGGAACAAGUACGGAUGGUUUAACAUCACCAGGGGUUGUGGUUACCACAGAAAGUGGCGGCGAUGCGGUCACCACUGCCGCUGGUACAGCUGCAGCGCCGCCCGGCCCCGGCGAAGGAGCCACUGACAUCCCGGUCAAUACAGAUAUUGGAAGCUGUAUCUGUGACUUAACAGAAAAUGCAUGUGAUGUCAAUUGUUGCUGUGAUGAGGACUGUACUGCUGAAGAUCGUUCCUCAUUUACUGUAUGCUCUGAUACUUCAAAAGUCGUUGAUGAGCAAGUUUGCUUCCGGUCUACAGUCAUAUACACAGAAAAUGCUCCUGAGACAGUAAACACAUCAAGCUCAAGUUUCUUUUGUAUUGUGAUUGACAACAAUGAAGGGCGGAACUACUACACAGUACCAGACCCUGUGGAAACUGUCGAAGAGUUUGUGAAUUUAGCGAAUAUGUACGGCUCCUCGUCAUUUGCUAUACCAGAUGACACUAAUGCAACUUAUGGAGAUUUUUAUAAGGUUGGUGAUUCAAUGUACACACUGUACCAGAGUCUGGCCCUGGGCACUUUGGGAUUGCCUAGGACUAGUUACAGCAGCCUUUGUGAUGAUAGCAAUCCCGCGUCAUUCCUUUUGGAUCAGCAGACCAGCUGUGAUAGACAGCUGGCAGAUUUGGAGACAGAGUGUGAAACGACUCCAUACCUUUCAGCUUUGACUUUCUUUGAUGGUUUCAAACUUGCACCGACACCCAGGUACCUGAUAGAUGCACUACCAGCUUUGAAUGACACAGGUGAAUACUACAGCUUCUAUGCCAAUCAGUCACUGAUUGAGUUUGCCGUGCAGGAACCAGUAUUGUGUCAGGAUGAGACAGGGCAGCAGACUAGCUGUGGGUUGGAUCCCGGUGUGGUACCAGCUCCAUCUUAUGAUACUCAAUGUGGUAAUGUGCUGCUGCAGGUAGCCUACACAAUAACACACAACAGCUCUGGAGCAAUUGAAGCCGUGAAUGUUCAACUGGUACUCGGUAACAUCACAUCGACUACCGGUUACCUGAGGUUUGGACAGAAAUAUACAGUUGCAUUCUUUAAGGCGGAUGAAGUGGACACAUUUUCUCGGAGUGGCAACCCGGGCUACAUACCUGGGAUGCCUAUACUAGCUGGCAAUUUAGUUUCUCAACUUGUGGAUGGUGAAACAAGGUUCUCCAUUGAGUUGAGCAGUGAUCGUAAUAACUGGUUGACGGUUGUUAAGAGUACAGCCGACGGGACGUGUGAAACCAACCCAGAUAGCAGGAUACCAGUUAACUUUGGUGAGGAUCUCAGGACUGGCUGCAUGGUCAGUGUAACUUUCAGUGACACAGCAGACAGGUGUCAAAUCAUCCAAGACGCUGCCCUCAACGCCCUUAACGGUGUGACGCGAGAGUACGUGGCUACGUUUGGCAAUUCUGACGUUGAGAAUGUGGGAGACUGGGUGCCAAUCCUUUAUGAGCAGAUUACUGGCUCUCCUUCGAGUUCUGUUGAAGGAACCUGCAACAACAUGGUGGUGGCGCUUCAUAUUGAGGUCAUCUAUGCCAAUGUUGGGUCGUUAGUCAACCCACAAGCUAAGAUACUUGGCGUUAGAUACAACUAUGCAGAGGGCAAAACACUCAGUUACACGUGUGCUGGUGCCUACUGUCAGACCGGUUCCGGUUCCGUCCUUCAGAACUUUGAGAUCACUUCUUCCGUUGCAUUCAUAGAUGCAUCAACGCUGCCGACGCCCAUCCUGGCAGAAGACCCAGGAUUUGAAGACAAGCUUCCCAAUGAUUUCUUCUAUCCUUUUACAAUAGGCAGGAGUUCUGUAUUGGAACUUGACAUCAGGUUGCUAUGGGCUGGGGUGCUAGGAUAUUUAGUACUUAAAACAGAAGUUGCGUGAAUGUAUCACAGGUGAGGACUGACAUCCUGGAGUUUCUUAUUGUGCCUUGUCCAGUUCUCAGACUUAUUUACUUAAAUGGCCCAUGCAAUUGGAUUUUUAUACGGCAAUUCUUGGAAAUGCAUAUUUUGUCCCAUUUAAGCUUAUUUUUUUAUUUUUUUUUAUUUUGCCAUUUUCAAGUGUAUUUUGGUGCCUUUUUAGUUGUAAUGCUAAUGCAAAUUUCCAUAUUCAUGAGCAAAAAGUGUAAGGACAAUACAGGCCGAAACAUCAAUGUAACAGCUAUUUCAUCCUAAAAAGUUGCCAGAAUUAAGGAUAUUUUGCUGUUAUAAAUUUUCUUUUCUUUGAUGAUUCAGUGUCAGUACAUGGCAGUAAGCCAGUGAGCAAAAUUUUCUCACAAAUGUCUUCAACGAACACAUUUUUUGGGCUCACAAUUUGAACAGAAAGCCCCUCAACUGAACAGUGUCUCCCUGAAACCACAGCAAGAGCGCCCUCAGUUGUCUGGAAAAUCAUAAACAAUUUUAAACGUUUAAAGAAGUGCACUUUUCAAUUAAAUUGACCAAAAAGGAAUGUCAAGUAGUUUUUGUACAUUUUAAGAGGAGUAGAAACUUGUACAAAAAAAAGGUGCUCCUAAGAAAAUUUCAUCUCCUGGACCCUUUAAGUGCCAGUGGUUCUAGAGUGUGAACUGCCGUCUCGAACAUGUGGCAACCGGUGAAAAUGACCAUCCUAUUAAAAAGAUGCUUUCACCAAAUGCCGCACUAUAUUGCCCUACAUCCUCGGGUGUGGAAAUGCAUGUUACAAAAAUAGAACACAAUGGAAAAACAGGAAGAAAGUGUAUGAAUUUUUGCCCUUGCAUAGCAUUUAUUUAUUGCAAAACAAACGAAAAAAUUAAACAAGUUUGCAGCACAUUUAGCAGAUAUUUUAAGUUUGUAAUGCAGUUUCCUGUGCAAGGAGUUUUGUGAGGUUUGUGAAUUAGGAAUUGGUAUUGAAAAUACAAAUUAGUAAAUUAGAGAAUUUUUGGUUUGCAUUAAGCUUGACAUGUUUUAGUGCCGUUCCUCGUCAAUAAGACAUCAGAAAUGGAAAAAAAACUUAGUCAUAUUUAAAUAACUGAAAUAAUUGUACUUUAUUUAAUUGAUGUAAUGUGUAAUUUAGCAUUUGUAUAUAUAUGUGAAUAUUGAAAAUAAAAAGCGACAAAAGCUGA